AUGGUUGCCUUCUCUUCCCUCCUUCUCGCCCUGUCGGCUGCCUCCAGCGCCCUCGCCGCCCCCGGUAGCCGGGCCUACCUGGACAUGGCCAAGCGCAGCCUCACCUCCUCCGCCGAGGGCACCAGCGACGGUUACUUCUACUCCUUCUGGACCGAUGGUGGCGGCGAUGUGACCUACACCAACGGCAACGCCGGUGAAUACACCGUCGACUGGACCAACUGCGGUGACUUUGUUGCCGGCAAGGGCUGGAACCCUGCUGACGCUCAGACCGUCACCUACAGCGGAACUUGGGAGACCAACGCCAACGCCUACCUGUCCGUUUACGGCUGGACCACCUCCCCUCUGGUCGAAUUCUACAUUGUCGAGAAGUACGGCGACUACAACCCCUCCUCGGGCCUGACCGAGCUCGGCACCGUCGAGAGCGACGACGGCACCUACAAGAUCUACCAGACCACCCGCGAGAACGCCGCCUCGGUCGAGGGCACCGCCACCUUCAAGCAGUACUGGUCCGUCCGCGAGUCUGGCCGCAUUGGCGGUACCGUCACCACCCAGAACCACUUCGACGCCUGGGAGAAGCUGGGUCUGGAGCUCGGUACCCCCAACUACAUGAUCGUUGCCACCGAGGGUUACGAGAGCAGCGGGUCUGCUACCAUCACCGUCGAGACCUCUUCCUCGGCUACCCACACCCUGGUUCAGGCCGAGGAGGAGGAGGACUGCUAAGCAGUUCGCUCGAUUGUGUUUUUCUGUAUAUAAUUAGUCCCGAUGGGUUUCACUUCUUGUAUCAAUCCAAUUCACACUGAUCCUCGCGUUGGCUUGACCAAAUCACGAUAUCCUUUCAUCAAGCAAUAUUCCCCGAAUAUUACUCACUAUUCUCAUCUCUGUGCCGUAGCGUUGAGAAAUCAUUAGUGACAAGGUCGGUCACCGAGG